AUGGCGCCUAUUGAGUAUCUGCUGUUCGAAGAGCCCACGGGCUACGGGAUCUUCAAAGUGAAACUGCAACAGGAUGACAUUGGAUCUCGUAUGGGUGAAGUUCAAGCGCAGAUCAACGACUUUGGAGCAUUCACAAAGCUUGUGGAGCUUGUUUCGUUUGCGCCUUUCAAAGGUGCUGCUCAAGCGCUGGAAAACGCCAACGAUAUCUCUGAAGGUCUUGUCUCCGACUAUCUUAAAGCCGUUCUCGACAUGAACCUGCCCAAGGCCUCCAGCAAGAAGACCGUGACGCUCGCCAUUUCUGACAAGAAUCUCGGUCCAUCGAUCAAGGAAAACUUCCCAUACGUGGACUGUAUGUCUAACGAGUUGGCCCAAGACUUGAUUCGUGGUGUAAGACUACACGGCGACAAAUUGCUAAAGGAUUUGCAGCAAGGUGAUCUCGAAAAAGCCCAGUUGGGUCUUGGUCACGCUUACUCUAGAGCCAAGGUGAAGUUCUCGGUUCAGAAAAACGACAACCACAUCAUCCAGGCGAUCGCCUUACUCGACCAGCUUGACAAGGACAUCAACACUUUUGCUAUGCGUGUCAAGGAAUGGUACGGCUGGCACUUCCCAGAGCUAGCCAAGCUCGUGCCAGACAACUAUAAGUUUGCUCAACUUGUUUUGUUCAUCAAGGACAAGGCCUCUUUGUCUGAUGAAUCUGUUCAUGACUUGGCUGCUAUACUAGACAACGACGCCGGCAUUGCUGAGCGUGUUGUCGACAAUGCACGUAUCUCUAUGGGUCAGGACUUGUCUGAAACCGACAUGGAGAACGUGUGUGUUUUUGCCGCAAGAGUUGCCUCAUUGGCCGACUACCGUAGACAGUUGUACGACUACUUGUGCUCCAAGAUGCACACCGUCGCUCCAAACUUGUCUGAGCUAAUCGGUGAAGUCAUUGGUGCUAGAUUGAUCUCCCAUGCUGGUUCUUUGACUAACUUGUCGAAACAGGCUGCCUCUACUGUUCAAAUUUUGGGUGCUGAAAAGGCUUUGUUCAGAGCUUUGAAGACCAAGGGUAACACUCCUAAGUACGGGUUGAUCUACCACAGUGGUUUCAUCGGUAAGGCUGCUGCCAAGAACAAGGGUAGAAUUUCCAGAUACUUGGCCAACAAAUGUUCCAUGGCUUCCAGAAUUGACAACUACUCCGACGAACCUACUAAUGUUUUCGGUAAAGUCUUGAAGAAGCAAGUCGAACAAAGAUUGGAAUUUUACAGUUCAGGUUCUCCAACUUUGAAGAACGAACUGGCUAUUCAAGAGGCCAUUGAUCUUUACAACAAGGACAAGCCUGCUCAACCAGUCAAGGAGUCUAAGAAGAGAAAGCUAGAGGCUAGCGAUGAGGACGAAGACGACGAUGAAGAAGACAAGAAGGUUGACAAGAAGGAGAAGAAGAGCAAGAAGGAGAAGAAGGACAAGAAAGAAAAGAAGGACAAGAAGGACAAGAAAGAGAAGAAGGAGAAGAAAGACAAGAAGGAGAAAAAGAAGAAGGAUUAA